UUGUUUCAUGAAAACUAAUAAUUUAAUCGAGAUAAAUCCCAUUCAAAGUAUAUAUUAAUAAAGACGUUGAAUAACACACAUGAACAUUUUUUAUCAAAAGUGUCGUGCAAAUUGUCAUUGACAAACAAUUGUUCUUAUUUCUGUUGUAAAAAUUUUCAACAAUUAUGCAAUUAUAAUAGUUUAACCAACAAAUCUGUAAAGUAGAAUACCAUGGAGGUUUCGUUAUUAAAAUCCAUACUGUUUGCUCGUCAGUGGUCAAUAACAGUUGUUAAAUUAUAAUAAAAUGGGUGCAAAUAUAUCACAAUUGGAGAGAGAUAUUGGCUCCGAUCAGUUUCCUCCUAAUGAACAUUAUUUUGGACUAGUUAAUUUUGGAAAUACCUGUUACAGUAAUUCUGUACUACAAGCUUUAUAUUUUUGUCGACCAUUUAGAGAAAAAGUUCUAGAAUACAAAGCUAGAAAUAAGAGAACCAAGGAAACCUUAUUAACAUGUUUGGCAGAUUUAUUCUACAGUAUUGCAACUCAAAAAAAGAAAGUUGGAUCUAUAGCUCCGAAAAAAUUUAUUGCCAGGUUGAGAAAAGAGAAAGAGGAAUUUGAUAACUACAUGCAACAGGAUGCUCAUGAAUUUCUAAAUUUUUUGAUAAAUCACAUAAAUGAAAUUAUUCUAGCAGAGAGAAGUCAAAGCAAACCAACAGGAGGAAAAUGUGGUGCAGGUGACGCUGGUUCACCACCAGAGCCUACGUGGGUUCAUGAAAUAUUUCAAGGAAUUUUAACAUCAGAAACACGCUGCCUUAAUUGUGAGACUGUAUCUAGCAAAGAUGAGGAUUUCUUUGAUUUACAAGUUGAUGUAGAUCAAAAUACUUCAAUUACACACUGCCUCAGAUGUUUUUCAAAUACUGAGACACUUUGUAGUGAUAACAAAUUCAAAUGUGACCAUUGUAGCAGUUAUCAAGAGGCUCAAAAACGAAUGAGAGUUAAGAAAUUACCAAUGAUACUGGCAUUACAUCUAAAGAGAUUUAAAUACGUGGAACAAUAUAACCGUCACAUAAAAGUUUCUCACAGAGUAGUUUUUCCCUUAGAGCUUCGACUCUUCAAUACCAGUGACGAUGCAGUGAAUCCAGAUCGAUUGUAUGAUUUGGUCGCAGUUGUGAUACAUUGUGGAAGUGGGCCUAACCGAGGACAUUAUAUUUCAAUAGUCAAAAGCCAUGGGUUUUGGUUGCUCUUUGAUGAUGAUAUGGUUGAUAAAAUUGAUGCAUCUACAAUAGAAGACUUUUAUGGACUUACAUCAGAUAUUCAGAAAAGUUCUGAAACUGGUUAUAUCUUAUUUUAUCAAUCAAUAGAUUGUAAUUAGAACAUAACACAAAUAUAUACUAAUUAAAUUAUACAAAUUCUAUACGAUAAUUUCGUAUUUUAUUGGCAUACAGUGUAUAAAGUUAAAAAUAUUUUAU